AUUGGCAACAUCAAACCGAAGAGGAAGAUUAGCAAACAGGUGAGCAUAUAUUAGCAUUGGACAGUUAACGUUCGCAUGUUGAUUGAGUUCUAUUUUCGUUUUUGUUAUUAGUGAGUUUUAUGGAGAUAUCGUGCAAUUCAGUUUAGCUAACGUUACAUGCUGACUAGACCAGGCAUGCGCGUGUGAUUUUGUCCACCCACACCAGACGCGAUCAGGACACGCAGGUUGAAAUAUCAAAACGAACUCUGAACCAACUAUAUUAAUUUGGGGACAAGUCGAAAACCAUUAAAAAUUUAUGGCAAUUUAGCUAGAUAGCUUGCUGUUGCUAGCUAAUUUGUCCUGGGAUAUAAAUAUUGGGUUGUUAUUUUACCUGAAAUGCACAAGGUCCUCUACUCCGACAAUUAAUCCACAGAUAAAAGGGUAAACUGAGUUUGUUUCUAGUAAUCUCUCCUCCUUCAAGCUUCUUCUUUGGACUUUAUAUGGCGGUUGACAACCAACUUUAAGGUGCAUUACCACCACCAACUGGACUGGAGUGUGGACCUCAGUUCAUCUUUCAAUCACCCAAGUGGGUAUAUGCUCGUAAAAACCAAUGAGGAGAUGGGAGAGGCAGGACUUGCAGCGCAUCAAGCGUCACAAAUAGAACUAAGUUAUAUUUUAGCGCCUGGCUACGCAGACGCUCGUUAACGCGCUCGAGCAGUGUGAAUGCAAUGAUUGAAUAACAUGUAUGUGUACAUUUAUUUUGCAACGCUCGCGCACGUAACGUGAGCGGUGUGGUCAGCAUGCUAGUCUAGGAAUACUGAAAGUAUUCCAACAAAUCUGUGCGAUAUUUGAUUUGGUAACCCCACUAGCUAGUUUGCUAAAUUAACGUACAUCAUGCUUGCUAAAUAGAUGCAUGCAAAGCAUUGAUACAUAGCAUGUGGGCUAGCUAACAUUAGCCAUCAAGCGAACUCCUGUUGAUUAAGUUACCAUUGAGUGCCCUAUUUUCUGAUUUAGAUGCAUUUGUUGCAUCGACCUGUGGCUUCAUCAGAUUAUUUUUAUUUUGUAUUAUUCAGUGAAGAGGUUUUGGUUAAAUGGUAAUGUACUUCUAGGGCUUUUUUUUAAGUAUCCAUUAGCUAAGUUCCAGUAUCCAGUGAGAUAUUUUGAAUGCAAUCUCAAAUGUCUGGUCUGACUCUUGAUUAUAUCUUAGUUGAAGUUUCAAAAGCCUACUUUUUUCUUCCUCCCUUAGGCUCAAGCUGAGAAUGAUGAGCAGCAGUACUUAAUUAAUGCCAGUACUUAAAGGCAUGUCUCAAUGCAAUCCCUGAAUAUCUGUCCUGCUGUGCCAUAAGAUAAGGAAUUAGCCUAAACUGGAGUGUAUUUAGAUAAAUCUAAGUGAUUUAAGAAAUAAACACCAUUUUAGUUUGACUUUCAGAUUUUUCAUUCAAUGGAGUGGAAAUGUAAGUUGUGUGCUGCCUCCUUUGAUAUCAGAGCUAAAUUACUUAAACACUACCGUUUGAAACACUACUGUUUGUCUAGUGGACAUUGAGGAGCUUCCUGAGAAAGCUGUCCAUCCACGACCCAUUUUCAAUGCCCUGGCUGAGGGAAGGAGGUUCUCACCCAAGAUUUGACGGUACAUGGCCCCGUCCAUCGUCCCUUUGAUGCGGUGAAGUUGUCCUGACCCCUUAGCAGAAAAACACCCCCAAAGCAUAAUGUUUCCACCUCCAUGUUUGACGGUGGGGAUGGUGUUCUUGGGGUCAUAGGCAGCAUUCCUCCUCCUCCAAACACGACGAGUUGAGUUGAUGCCAAAGAGCUCCAUUUUGGUCUCAUCUGACCAGAACACUUUCACCCAGUUCUCCUCUGAAUCAUUCAGAUGUUCAUUGGCAAACUUCAGACGGGCCUGUAUAUGUUCUUUCUUGAGCAGGGGGACCUUGCGGACGCUGCAGGAUUUCAGUCCUUCACGGCGUAGUGUGUUACCAAUUGUUUUCUUGGUGACUAUGGUCCCAGCUGCCUUGAGAUCAUUGACAAGAUCCUCCCGUGUAGUUCUGGGCUGAUUCCUCACCGUUCUCAUGAUCAUUGCAACUCCACGAGGUGAGAUCUUGCAUGGAGUCCCAGGCCGAGGGAGAUUUACAGUUAUUUUGUGUUUCUUCUCACCAAGCUGCUUGGCGAUGGUCUUGUAGCCCAUUCCAGCCUUGUAGGUCUACAAUCUUGUCCCUGACAUCCUUGGAGAGCUCUUUGGUUUUGGCCAUGGUGGAGAGUUUGGAAUCUGAUUGAUUGAUUGCUUCUGUGGACAGGUGUCUUUUAUACAAGUAACAAACUGAGAUUAGGAGCACUCCUAAUCUCAGCUCGUUACCUGUAUAAAAGACACCUCGGAGCCAGAAAUCUUUCUGAUUGAGAGGGGGUCAAAUACUUAUUUCUCUCAUUAAAAUGCAAAUCAAUUUAUAACAUUUUUGACAUGCGUUUUUCUGGAUUUUUUUGUUGUUAUUCUGUCUCUCACUGUUCAAAUAAACCUACCAUUAAAAUUAUAGACUGAUCAUUUCUUUGUCAGUGGGCAAACUUACAAAAUCAGCAGGGGAUCAAAUACUUUUUUCCCUCACUGUAGCUACUGUUGUAUCAAUGUUUUGACCAUGACAGUUUACAAUCCAGGGUUACUCCAAGCAGUUUAGUCACCUCAACUUGCUCAAUUUACACAUUAUUUAUUACAAGAUUUAGUUGAGGUUUAGGGUUUAGUGAAUGAUUUGUCCCAAAUACAAUGCUUUUAGUUUUAAAAAUAUUUAGGACUAAUUAAUUCUUUGCCACCCACUCUGAAACUGACUGCAGCUCUUUGUGUUGCAACCAUUUCAGUCACUGUAGGAGCUGACGUGUAUAGUGUUGAGUCAUCCGCAUACAUAGACACACUCGCUUUACUCAAAGUCAGUGGCAUGUCGUUAGUAAAGAUUGAAAAAAGUAAGGGGCCUAGACAGCUGUCCUGGGGAAUUCCUGAUUCUACCUGGAUUAUGUGGGAGAGGCUUCCAUUAAAGAACACCCUCUGUGUUCUGUUAGACAGGUAACUCUUUACCCACAAUAUAGCAGGGGGUGUAAAGCCAUAACACAUAUGUUUUUCCAGCAGCAGACUAUGAUCGAUAAUGUCAAAAGCCGCACUGAAGUCUAACAAAACAGCCCCAACAAUCUUUUUAUCAUCAAUUUCUCUCAGCCAAUCGUCAGUCAUUUGUGUAAGUGAUGUGCUUGAUGAACGUCCUUCCCUAUAAGCAUGCUGAAAGUCUGUUGUCAAUUUGUUUACUGUAAAAUAGCAUUGUAUCUGGUCAAACACCAUUUUCUCCAAGAGUUUACUAAGGGUUGGUAACAGGCUGAUUGGUCAGGUAUUUGAGCCAGUAAAGGGGGCUUUACUAUUCUUAGGUAGCGGAAUGACUUUUGCUUCCCUCCAGGUCUGGGGGCACACACUUUCUAGUAGGCUUAAGUUGAAAAUAUGGCAAAUAGGAGUGGCAAUAUCGUCCGCUAUUAUCCUCAGUAGUUUUCCAUCCAAGUUGUCAGACCCCGGUGGCUUGUCAUUGUUGAUAGACAACAAUAUUUUGAAAGUGUUGUGGUCAGAUGAGACCAAAAUUGAGCUCUUUGGCAUCAACUCAACUCGCCGUGUUUGGAGGAGGAGGAAUGCUGCCUAUGACCCCAAGAACACCAUCCCCACCGUCAAACAUGGAGGUGGAAACAUUAUGCUUUGGGGGUGUUUUUCUGCUAAGGGGACAGGACAACUUCACCGCAUCAAAGGGACGAUGGACAGGGCCAUGUACCGUCAAAUCUUGGGUGAGAACCUCCUUCCCUCAGCCAGGGCAUUGAAAAUGGGUCGUGGAUGGGUAUUCCUGCAUGAUAAUGACCCAAAACACACUGCCAAGGCAACAAAGGAGUGGCUCAAGAAGAAGCACAUUAAGGUCCUGGAGUGGCCUAGCCAGUCUCCAGACCUUAAUCCCAUAGAAAAUCUGUGGAGGGAGCUGAAGGUUUGAGUUGCCAAACGUCAGCCUCGAAACCUUAAUGACUUGGAGAAGAUCUGCAAAGAGGAGUGGGACAAAAUCCCUCCUGAGAUGUGUGCAAACCUGGUGGCCAACUACAAGAAAUGUCUGACCUCUGUGAUUGCCAACAAUGGUUUUGCCACCAAGUACUAAGUCAUGUUUUGCAGAGGGGUCAAAUACUUAUUUCCCUCAUUUAAAUGCAAAUCAAUUUAUAACAUUUUUGACAUGCGUUUUUCUGGAUUUUGUUGUUGUUAUUCUGUCUCUCACUGUUCAAAUAAACCUACCAUUAAAAUUAUAGACUGAUCAUGUCUUUGUCAGUGGGCAAACGUACAAAAUCAGCAGGGGAUCAAAUUCGUUUUUCCCUCACUGUAUAUAGUAGCUAUAGCCACGAGGAUCCACCCAGCUAUUUAAAUAACAUGCAUUCAAACAGGCUCGUUUGAAAUGAUGCAUUUUUAAAAGUUGCUGUUACUUUUGUCCUGUGUUCUUAAAGAUCUGUAUCCAGCUUGGAUGGAAACCUCAGUACGGCCUCUUCGAUGUGUUGCCACUAGUCCUGCAGGUCAACGGGAAGGACCCAGACCUUUAUGAAAUCCCUCCACACCUGAUCCUGGAGGUUCCCAUGGAACACCCUCAGUGAGUGACUUUAGCCACGUUUCUAUUGGAUGGUUAUGUAAACACACUUUUGAGAACAAGUACAAGGUCAAGCCUGCAGAGAGUUAUCAUAGCUAUUCCACUAUGUACAACGACUUUCAUUGGUUACGAUACUGCUACAAAAGUGGUAUCCAGUUAUGUUAUGACACAUGUAUGCAAAUCCGUUUGAUUCCAUACUAGAUUUGCCAUUGAUUGGAUUCAUAAGAGACACAGUAUUCAGAUCAUCAGGCCUCUAUAGCCAUGGGGAUGUUUUUAAGUAGUAGUUAUCUAAUUAAAUCAAUGUGUUAUGUGGCUGCCUGGGUAAAUUCAAACCCUUGCGCCCAGUCGCUCAAGAGCUUGAACUAUAAAAUAGGUUUUAAAAUCAGCCGUCUGGAGCUCUUGAGGAACGGAGCUGAAUGGGAGAGAGUGAAGAGCUCUAUAGAACUUAUCUACGCGGCAAGGCACAGCGAUUCUGGUACGGAAAGGAAUUCCCUUUCUACAUAAAACCACUAUUGUGGAUAAAGAGGGUCGUUAUGUGAUCGUAAUAGGAGAGAUCCAUUCUACUUCUGUAACUCUACUACAUAUCUAUGGGCCAAACAUUGAUAACCCCUCUUUUUUCAAAAGAGUCCUUGCCCUGAUUCCAGAUAUCUCCCAUACUAAUCUGGUCAUUGGAGGGGACCUUAACUGUGUACUAGACCAAUAUUUGGAUAGAUCCUCUACCCGGCGAACCCCUACCUCCCAUUCAAGCGAAUUCUUGAAUACCUACAUAAAAAAUUCUAACUUAUUUGAUAUAUGGAGGAUCUCUAAUCCUACGGGUAGGGAAUACUCCUUUUACUCUCAUGUUCACAAUGUAUAUACUCGAAUUGACUACUUUUUGGUUGAUGCUAAACUACUCCCCUAUACCUGUAAUGUGAGAUAUCAUGAUAUUAUAAUCUCUGACCACAGUCCACUCACCUUCUCCCUGAGAUUGGGUGACAUCGUACCAAACGAGAGGGUCUGGAGGUUGAAUCCUCAGCUCCUCACAGAACCAACAUUCUGUGAACAUCUUAAAGACCAAAUUACAUUUUUCUUUGAUACCAACGACAACACAGAGACUUCCCCAGCAUUAUUAUGGGAAACGCUGAAGGCUUAUUUGAGAGGCUGUAUCAUCUCCUUUCAGACUGCCAGGAGUAGGCAAAACAGAAAACAAUUGGUAGAACUGGAGGGACAAAUUCACUUACUGGAUAGGGAGAAUGCUAGACAUCCAUCUAUGGAGAAACAUAAACAAAUUAUGUCUUUAAAAUUUAAAUACAAUCAGAUCCUCUCGGCUGAAAUUGCUAAAUCUUUUCUCUAUGCCAAGCAAAAAUAUUUUGAGUUUGGUGACAAACCACACAAAUUACUCGCCAGACAACUUCGAAAAAACGUGAGUGACCGAAUGAUUCACAAAGUUAAAUCUGCAUCUGGGGAAUUACUCUCCUCCCCCAAAGACAUCAAUGACAGAUUCCGUCAGUUUUAUGAGACUCUAUAUACAUCUAAAGCGGAUCCUAACCCCUUAAUUAUGCAAAACUUUUUGGAGGACUGUAAUCUUCCUGCCCUGAACCAGGAAGACUCUAACUUCCUGAAUAAGGAAAUAUCUCUUGAAGAAAUUAGAGAAACAAUUAAAUCUCUAAAGAGUGGCAAGACCCCGGGCCCAGAUGGAUACCCUGGUGAAUUCUAUAAAACAUUCAGCAACAUGCUAUCUCCCUACCUGCACAAAAUGUUGGUUCGGGCCAAUGAGGAUGGAGCUCUCCCAUCUACUUUGGAUGAGGCGUUUAUUACAGUUAUACAUAAGAAGGGUAAAGAUCCGGAAGAGGUAGGGUCAUACAGACCAAUAUCCCUCCUUAAUACAGACCAAAAGAUUUUAGCAAAAACUCUGGCUAACAGGCUUAGCACUUUAAUUGGCAAAUUGGUCCAUUCGGACCAGACCGGCUUUAUCCCUAAUAGAAACUCAUUCUUCAAUCUCAGGCGCCUCUUCAACAUUAUGUAUUCUCAGAGGUUACCUAACGUGGACCUUGCCGUUAUAUCUCUUGACGCCGAAAAGGCCUUUGACCAAGUUGAGUGGCCCUAUCUAUUCAAGGUCCUACAGAAAUUUAAUAUUGGAGAUGGGUUCAUAAAUUGGAUCCAGCUUUUAUAUAGGAACCCCUGUGCGAGAAUACUCACUAACCAAUCAAUGUCGCCCCGAUUUAACCUUUAUAGAGGGACAAGGCAGGGUUGUGCGCUGUCGCCUAUGCUCUUCGCCCUAAUUAUUGAACCUCUCGCUCAAGCGAUCAGAUCUCAUUCAGCAAUACACGGCUAUAAUACUAAAGAUACUCUAAAUAAGAUUUCCCUAUACGCAGAUGAUAUUCUCCUCUAUGUAACAGAACCCCAAGCUAGUAUUCCAGCUAUUCUUGAGGUGAUUAAUUUGUUUGGUACCUUCUCGGGAUACAGAAUAAAUUGGAACAAGAGUGAAUUAAUGCCCAUACGGUUGCAAAACACCUCCUGGCUAGAACAUCUUCCAGUUAAGUUAUCUUCAGAAAAAUUUAUCUACCUUGGAAUUGUAGUUACCAAACAAUACUCCUUACUAAUUAAAGAGAAUUUCCCUUCUCUGAUGCAAAAUCUCAAGGCAAACAUACAGUUUUGGAGAACUCUCCCAAUUUCUCUGCUCGGAAGAAUUAAUGCCAUUAAAAUGGUCUUCCUCCCACAACUGCUCUACCUAUACCAGAACAUCCCAGUAUUCAUACCUAAAUCAUUUCAUAAACAACUGGACUCUAUUAUCAAUCCUUUCAUCUGGGAUUAUAAAACACACAGGAUAGGUAAAAAACACCUAUGUAAAUCCAAGAUGGAAGGAGGAUUGUCUCUCCCAAAUUUUAUAUUCUACUAUUGGGCCGCUAACCUCCGCGCUGUUACGUUUUUGCUGGAUGACGCAACCCCGCCACCCAGCUGGCUUAGCAUGGAGCGGGAGGAGUGUCACCCCUUCUCUAUUGGUGCCGUGAUUUUGUCACCUGUUAAUCUGGAGAUGUCACUUUACCAUAACAAUCCUAUUAUACAUAGCACAGUCCGAAUCUGGAAGCAAAUUAAAGUCCACUUUGAGCUUAGACCAAUAUCAUUCAUGCUCCCUGUUGCCAGGAAUCCCUCCUUUGCCCCCUCUAACCUUGAUAACACCUUUGAGCGAUGGGGAGAGUUGGGGAUAAGUACCAUAGGGGAUUUAUAUAUAGGAGGGACCUUUGCUUCCUUUGAAGCGCUGAGGGAAACUUAUAACCUUCCCAGAAGUAACAUUUUCAGAUACCUACAAAUUAGAGACUAUGUUAGAAAACACCUCCCAACAUUUGAGAAUGCUAAACCUUCCAUGUUUGACGGAUGCAUAAAAAUAUGCCCCACCUCAGACAAACUGAUAUCUCGUCUAUAUGACGCUUUUCAAUCUGUUAGCGCACCCUCUACAGAUGCCAUUAAGGCAAAAUGGGAGGAAGAACUAGGGACUGAUAUUUCGGUGGCAGACUGGGAGGAUAGCUUGGAGUAUAUCCACACCUGCUCCAUUAACUCCAGACAUCGUCUCAUACAAUUUAAGGUAUUACACAGAUUACACUAUUCCAAAACUAAACUGCAUAGGAUAUUUCCUGAUACAUCCCCAAUGUGUGAUAAAUGUCAGGCUGAGCAGGGUACACUACUCCACUGCUUUGCCCUAUGCUCUAGUCUGUAUGGUUAUUGGUGUGGAAUAUUUGGGGUCCUCUCUGAAGUUCUGGAGACUUCAAUAGACCCAGACCCGCUUCUGAUAAUCCUGGGAGUGUCCGACUCCCUAAACGGAUUAACCAACUCCCAAAAACAACUCAUCUCUUACAGUCUCAUCUCGGCAAAAAAAUUUAUAUUGUUGUUUUGGAAAAGGAGGGAAGCGCCCUCUACCAAAUUAUGGCUCAGUGAAGUGGCAAAAACUGUACACUUAGAAAGAAUUAGAUAUAUUCUGAACAAUAAAUUAUCAACAUUUGAUCAAAUCUGGCAGCCUUUCCUCUCUUACCUGGACCAGUCGGUGCUGUGACUGGGGGAUAAAGGGGGGUAUAAGUGGGGGGGUUACAUCUACCCUUUUUCUUUCUACCUGUCCCUGUUCUGUAUGUCGUGUUUUGUAAUAUUUGUUUUGUGUCCAGAACUCUGGGUCUUGUUGUUCAUGUCUGUUCUCUUAUGUUUAGAUAAGAACUGUACACAUGUCUUUCAUACCUAUACACCAUUCUUGUGUGUGUUCAAUAAAAAAUAUUUGAACAGAACUUAUCUACGCGGCACAUUCCUUUAUCCAAAUAGUUUCCCAAAGCCAGGUCUAGGAGUGCCCAAUGACCUGUACCAUUUUCUUUUAUUUAAAUGUCUAACCACUCCAAAGUGGUCCUUCAUUCGUUUCACUGGACACAAUACUGAGUUGAGUCAAGUGUUUCAAGCAUCUUUGGCAGAGUGAGCACGACAACUGUGUGUGUGUGUAACUCAUUGUGUAUGAAAAGGGUGUCACAUUGAGGACUGAAUGAUUCACUACAGAAACUACAUUUUACAUUUUAGUCAUUUAGCAGACGCUCUUAUCCAGAGCGACUUACAGUAAGUGAGUGCAUAAUUUAUUUUAUUUUAUUUGUUAUUUUAUUUUUUCAUACUACACACAUUUAUCCUAGUGGUGGUGUUUUUGGGCAUGCUCUUUUAUAUAUUAUUAGCAGAUAUAUUGUGUUGAUCUUUCAUCAUUAGGUAUAAGUGGUUCCAAGACCUUGGACUGAAGUGGUAUGCUGUGCCUGCGGUGUCCAACAUGCUGCUGGAGAUUGGUGGAAUUGAAUUCACCGCCUGUCCCUUUAAUGGCUGG